AUGGUUGUGACGAAUAAUCCUGUUACCCCUACUACGAAACCACUGGCUCUAGUUAAAGAUCCUCAAUUACAACGAUCCCGUAAAAUUCUCCUCAUUAUGCUUGGUAUUUCUCUUGGUCUUUCUUUGGUCAACUCAUUUGUUCAAAACGUGAACUAUACAGGAAAUUUACAAACAAAUACAAUAGUUGCUAUCCCUAUUGUAUCAAUUGCUUUCGAUGGCUUUGGAUUAUUGGUCAGUUAUAAAUAUUCUGAAAUAGGCUUACGUGUGUUCGCUUGGUUGGGUAUGAUCAUCCUUGUUUGUAUGGGUAUUGGAUUUUUAUGGCUUUUCCUAGGUGAUGUAGCAGUUUUAGCCAUUGUAGGCGUUGCUUUCAGUGCUGCAAACUCAGUUAAUGACAACUCAACUAUUCGACCUUCUGUUGACGCAGCUGCCAUAAAAGGCGUGAUGUGCUUUCAUUUUGACAAUAAUUAUUGUCAUAUUCGCUUUCAAAUUGGCCAGACUCAUUAA